AUGGAUGCAGGGUGUAGGAUUGGAUUUAGAAUGAAGUCUGAGGUAGAGAUUUUAGAUGAUGGAUUCAAGUGGAGGAAGUAUGGGAAGAAAUCAGUAAAGAACAGUCCUAAUCCAAGGAACUACUACCGUUGUUCGAAUGAAGGUUGUGGUGUAAAGAAGAGAGUAGAAAGGGACCGUGAAGAUAACCUUUAUGUGAUCACGACUUACGAUGGAGUUCAUAAUCAUCCGAGCCCCGGUUCAAUCUGUUGCAAUUUCGGUGCUCAUCAUCAAGGGGAUGCCUUUGGUUUGGUCUCAUUUGGGAGAGGGCAGAUGCCGUUGAUAGCUCCAAAUCCUUGGAGUACAGUGCAUUCUGCUAAUUCUUCAUGCUAA